UAAUGUAGUAUUGUCUUAGUAUAUUUUUAUUUUAUUAUUACUGUUCGAGUACUAUGAUAUUUUUAAGUAUUGUAUUAAUAACUUUGGCAUAUGUUGCUAUAAGAUACUACAUUCGGAAUUAUUGUCAUCUGACAUACGUUACAAGUGAAAACAUUCUGCCAGGCCCGAAAAAAUAUAUGACAAAGUAUCUUCAUGGGAAUCCUGACGAGUUACUAAAUAUUUUAUAUAUACUUGGAAAGUAUUUUUCAUCCCCAUUCCAACUAGUGAAAAGGUUUGUUGUAGUAUACGAACCAAAUCAAAUAAAGACUGUCCUAAAAAGCCGACAUUGCUUAGACAAAAAUAUAAUAUUCUAUAAAUUUGCAGAAGAAAUAUUUGGCACAAAAUUAUUAACAGCUUCUGAAUCUAUAUGGAAUCAAAAUCGAAAAAGAAUAGCUCCAGGCUUUAGUCUGAAUAUGUUGCAAAGAUUUUUUAAUACAUUUGUUGAAGAAUCUUUAAUGUUGACGAACAAAUUAGAAAAAGUUGGAAUAAAUGAAAACGAAAUUAUCUUCCUUGAACAUAUAGCAACAUGUGCUUUAGACAUUGCAUGUAGCACUAUAAUGGGCACCAAAAUGGAAUCAAAUAAAAAAGAUCAAUAUUUCAAAACAAUUGUGAGAUUGAAAGAAAUUUUGAGAUAUAAGAUGUAUUCUGUAUGGAAUGAGUCUUGGUUUGACAAAAUUAUAUUUAAUUUUACUACUUUGGGACGGGAACAACAAAAGACUUCAAAGUUGAUGCAUUCUCUUAUUAAUGAGAUAAUACAGCAACAACUACAUGAAUUAAAUAAACUGCAUAAAACUGAGACGAAAACUGACCCAAAUAAAACGUUUUUCAACAUUCUAAUGGAAGCAUUUCAUAAAAAAAACUUUACACAAGAAAUGAUACGUGAUAACGUAAUUACAAUGAUUACAUUGACCACUGAUAAAAUUACUAUUACAAUAAAUUUUGUUAUCUUCAUGUUAGCAAAUUUCCCAGAAAUACAAGAAAAAGUAUAUAAAGAAUUGAUGACAAUUUAUGGUACGGAAAUGCCAAUAUCUGCACCAGUUAAAUAUGACGAUUUACAACAGAUGCAUUAUUUGGACCAAGUUAUCGAGGAAACGAUGAGACUUUUUCCUACUACACCUAUAAUUGGCCGACGACUAACUGACGACGUAAAAAUAGGAAAUUUUAUUUUACCAAAAAAUACUAGUAUUAUAAUAGGACUUAUAUUGAUGAACCGACAAGAACAAUACUGGCCAAAUCCAUUGAAAUUUGAUCCAGAUAGGUUUUUGCCAAAAAGAAUAAAGGAUUGUCCUUCAAAUUAUCACAUCCCUUUUAGUGAUGGACCAAGGAAUUGUAUAGGAGGUCCAUAUCUGCGAUCACACAACUGCGUGAGGAAAAGGAAAAUCCUCAAAUCAUGGAAAGAAAUCAUUUAG